AUGGGCUCCAUUCAUUCCGUCGUGGCUAAGCUUCCACAAGGCCGGAAUGCCGCAGAUGCUGAGCGUAUCUCUUCAAACUAUGUCCCUUCCGAGAAGGAUACUUUGGUCUCUCUUUUGGCAGCUCGCGAGCCGUACUCCCAGGAAGAUCUGAAUAUGAUGCAGAUCCUCCUCUACAACGAUGAUGAGCCCGAUGAACGGUACUGGUUCUACCAAGAAGGCUUUCUCCAUCCAGUUCAACUGGGAGAUCAGCUUUCUGAUGGGAGGUACACCAUCAUCAAUAAACUAGGGAACGGAUCGUUCUCGACUGUAUGGCUUGCACACGACGAAGUUCUGAGUCGAAAGGUCGCUAUCAAGAUUGCGUAUGUGUGGGCUUUGGGCUGCAUUAUCGUCGAGCUCUAUGCGCGUUACAGCGUCUUCCAAACCUAUUUUCCUAGGUUCGAAGAGGUUUGGGCCGAAAUGGUCCAUGUUCUUGGCAAGCCCCCACAGACAUGGUUGGAAGCUUCGAAGGCGGACAUCGACUCCGGUAACAAUGACAACGGCUCGAACCUCGACAACGAGACGCCUCGGCACAGAGAUCCCACCUCUCUUUCGGACCACAUUGUGCAGCUCGUAGACAAGGAUAGAUCAGAGAAGCUGGUUGGAAUUUGGGAAGACGCGGAUGAAGAUGAGAAUGUCCCAGCAGGAGAGUUGCGAGAUCUGCUCUCCAUGCUGGAGCAGAUUUUCUGCUGGCUUCCAGAGGACGGAAUCAAAGCAGACGAUCUCAUGAACGGGGAUUGGAUGAAAAAUUGGGGGCUGCCAGCGAUUGAAGCGAUGGAGAAAGCCUACGAAGAAAAGGCGCAAGUCACGAAGCAGACCUCUGCCAGUUCGGGCUCUGGUUCAGCAAGCAACACCAUGCACCAUGGCAAGACGGAUAGCCCAGUAAACGAGACAUGGCUUGGGGUCAUUCGUGGACUUUUCAAGACAGCUAGAUGGGGGCUGGGAACGGGCGUUUGGUUGUGGCUUGGGCGAGCGCUUGGGAUUUGA